CUUUCCCACGGCGCGAAUCGGACCUUCAACUAUCUGCACCAUGUCGCAAUAGCGAGCUUCAAUGAUAUUUGUUCCUUUUGUACGUACAUUUUCGAAUAAUUUCUCUUUACGGACUCAGUUAUGUACUUUUACCCCUUAUUAUGAUCAGAUCCGUUCGUUCGGGUCUAUGGACCUCUUUUAGGUGCCUGCGUCAAACGUCUCGAUACCCUCAACGCCGCUUGCUGUCUGCGGCUGCCGGUGUUGCCCACCAUGACUCCUCGAGAACGCCCGUAGACCAUUCUCCGCUAGGCGCGAAACACGACGACUCGCUCCUACGUCAGCUAUUCGACUCCCCCCAGACCUUCAAAGCAUUUGCGCAACAGUCGAGCAAGGUGGUGAGCGGCGACAAUGUGGGACUCUUCAGAAACAAGUACCUUACUUCGCCUGAAGGUUUCCUCAUGUUCGCCCAAAUCACAUUAAUGCGAGCCCAGAAAGUGGUCGAUAAGGUUCUCAAUGCGUCUACACUGGAGGAGUACAAGGCCACGGUUCGAGACUUGGACAGGCUCAGUGACCUGCUCUGUAGGGUGCUCGAUGUCACCGACUUCGUGCGCGUUACGCACCCGGACGAGUCGAUUCAAUCCGCCGCCUCUCAGGCAUGGUCGCUCGUGUAUCAGUACAUGAACCAGUUGAAUACCACGACUGGUUUAAAAGAUCAACUUGGCAAGGCACUCGACAAUCCAGAAGUGCUAGCAAGCUGGACUGAAGAGGAGCAGGCUGUCGCCAACAUUCUCAUGCAAGAUUUCAUGAAGUCGGCCAUUCACCUACCCAAAAAGUCGCGGGAUCGAUUUGUGGAUCUAUCACAGAAACUUAGCGAGGUCGGGUCGAGUUUUGUCGAAGACAUGGCCCCAGAGGACUACAAGGUGGUUUUGCCAAGUAGCAAAUUCCACGGCAUGGACCCUCGCCUUGCUCAAAAAUACAAAAGCGCCCUGGGAAAGUUGCAUUUGCCGACUAUGUCACCAGAGGCGACCGUCGCAUUAAGAAGCGUCCACGACGAGGAGACAAGAAAGAUCUUGUAUUUUGCUACUCGAAAAGCAUCAACACGGUCUAUUAAAGUACUAGAAGCCAUGCUCCGGUUGCGAGCCGAGCUUGCCAAUUUGUCGGGCUUUGAAAGUUACGGUCAGAUGGCGUUGCGGGAUAGGAUGAUGGCCAAGUCCCCAGAAUCCGUCAAACAGUUUUUGCUUUCUCUGACAAAACAUAAUCGCCCUCGAGUUGAGCAGGAGGUUGCAGACUUACGGCGGGCCAAAGGACAGAACGCCACCGCAUUGCAGCCGUGGGACAAAGAUUAUUAUAUGGAAAGCAUACGAAGGGGCUUACGGUCACGGACCCGUCACAAUGACUUCUUAUCUGCCUAUUUCUCGUUGGGGACCGUUAUGCAGGGACUAUCGAGACUCUUCACUCGAUUGUACGGCAUCCGCUUCGUGCCCCGGGACACUCUGCCUGGAGAAACGUGGCAUCCCGACGUUAGACGACUCGAUGUUGUUUCUGAUACCGACGGGCAUGUCGCAGUCCUAUACUGCGACCUCUUUUAUAGAGAAGACAAGUCGCCAAAUCCUGCGCAUUUCACCGUACGCUGUUCCAGGGAAAUUUCCCAGCAAGAAAUUCAAGAGGCAGCUGAACAGCAUUCAAAUGAGUUAUUGCCUUCAUUUGAUACUGCGGUCGAAGCAGCAAACGAUGGAAUGCACUUUUCGAAUCAGUCAGGAACUGUAAAACAGUUACCUACAAUCGCUCUGGUGUGCGACUUUCAUCAUGCCAGCCCCGGAGGCUGUGAACCAGCGCUCCUGGACUACUAUCAGAUGGAGACGCUUUUCCACGAAAUGGGUCAUGCGAUCCACUCUGUCUUAGCGCGGACAUCUCUUCAUAAUGUUGCUGGAACAAGGUGUGCUACAGACUUUGCGGAAUUACCGUCAACGCUGAUGGAGCAUUUCUGUGCCAAUCCAAGUGUAUUAGCCCUUUUUGCACGGCACCAUAUUACAGACGAACCGCUCCCUUACGAGUUGGUAGCAGAUCGACUACACAUAUCCCAGCGUUUUGAAGCUUCGGAUAGGGAAAAUCAGAUCAUUCUCGCCAUGCUUGAUCAGGAGUAUCACUCAUCGCAACCUGCAAAUCCGGGUUUCAACUCGACCGAUAUUUACCUCAAUCUGCAGCGCACCUAUGGCAAACUACCGCCUGAUGCCGAGGGCACGAAAUGGCAAGGGUUCUUUGGCCAUUUGUACGGAUAUGGCAGCACAUACUACAGCUAUCUCUUCGACCAAGUCCUCUCGGAACGAACUUGGAAUCUCGUCUUUUCUGCAGGUCAAAAUGGAGGAGCCCUGGACAGAGCAAACGGCGAACGGCUGAAAGAAAACCUCCUGAAAUGGGGAGGCAGUCGGGAUCCAUGGAGGUGUCUCUCCGACGCGCUUCAGGAUGAACGACUGAUCAAUGGCGACGAAAAGGCUAUGGCCUUGGUCGGCAGCUGGGGUAUCAAAGAUGGUCGGUAGUCCUUUAGAUGAUCGGCCCUUUGGCCGCGACCUGGACCUGCAAUGAACUAUAUAUAGAUGCUGUAGACCAAUUGUAGAAACUGAUACCCAUGACAUGAUAGGAAGUCACGAAAUUUCAGCCAACUCCCAGCUUCGCCAUCGGUGGCCAACCGUUUCGGGCGUUCGACUUGCAAGGAGCGGC